AUGUCCAAGGAAGAACCAGAGCUUGACGAGCUUUGGCGUGAAUUUCAAAAUGCGAAUGAUGAUAUACAACAAAAACGAAACGAGGUUAUCGAAGAAAUUAACAAAAACACCAUUUUGAAUGAAUAUCCUGGAAAAUUGUCCAUCAUGACGGCAUUAGAUGAGCUAAUUGCUUGUUUUUCAUUAGGUGGUCAAUUUAAAAACUACUACAGAUAUGGAUCUUACGAUUCUUGUGAAAGACAGAGAGAAAAAUUCUGGUUUGCCGUUAAACAUGGUUCAUUGGUGGAAGGGAAAGAUAAACCCGCGGAGGAAUUGAAUGACAAGGAAUUAAACAGUCGAGUAAAAAUUCAACAAUUCUUCAAAAAGCGCCUACUAGAGGACAAAGCUAAAGGAAGCUCUGAAGAUAUUUGGGAUGCCAGAAAGAAGCUACAAAGUUAUCCAUUCAAAUAG